AGAGCAUUUCCGCAAAGGAUUCCCCAUAAGAUUGGAAAAGAAACAUCAAAGAAAUUUGGUGAAGUGAAGUGCAUACGUGGAAUAAACGAAAAUUUAAGGAACCCCAAAAGCUUUACAUUUUAAACUUACCCACACAGCCAAACGGAAAAACACACACACUUUAUCUAGUGAACACUUUAUCCAGUGAAAGUGAAACAUCUAGUGGAAUCUUUUAGGCGCAGCGCAAAAAGGCCGUUCCGAAUCCUAGUACUUUCACUUCGAAGGCGUGCAAUAAUAUUUGUUUGGACCAAAAUCGGUGGUGCAGCUGCUUAAAUGUAUUUUAGUGACAGCUCGGAAAAACAGCCAGCCCCUUGGAGGGCCGGCAAUCCAUGGAGUAUUCAAACACCACGGGUUUGACUCACAGCAUCAAUGAGAACUCACAGAAUCCGGAGCAGCAGCAACCCAUUAAAACCAGACUGCCUGUGAUUGGAAACUGCUACAUCAAGAUUGAAUCACCUACCGGACCUCAGUCUUUAGCUUUGGGCAGCCAACGUUGCCUCAAUACGCCCCCAACCACGCCCAGCAGCCCGCUGAGGGAAGCGCCCCAGAGUCCGUCGGACGGUCACGUCUCCUCGCUGAGCUCGCACUCCGGAUCGGGAUGCAGUGACAUCCUGCUGGGUGAGUGA